UGCAUAUAUGAGGAAUCCUUUUGCAAUGGUCGCCCGGAUUGUAAGGAUGCAUCGGAUGAAGUCGAUUGCCAUCAUCUGCAUACAAGUCUGCUACUGCUAUGCAACGAUAAGGAGAACUGCAUCCCCAAGGAGAUGGUCUGCGACGGCCUCGUCCAAUGUGGUGACGGCAGCGAUGAGGCUGGCUGCUACAGAAGUGGUCGAUUCCACUGUCGUUCAGAUUAUUUUGAUUACGAUGUCUGCCUGGAGCCGGCUAAAAUAUGCGACGGUUGGAAGCAUUGCGUGGAGGAUGAAGACGAAGUUCCCGCCGUCUGUCAGAUGAAAGGUUAUGAUGAUGAUGUGGUGAUGGAUAGACGGACAGACAGACAGAUAAAAUGA